AUGUUGGAGACAUUGUCUAAACGGAUCGACUCCAACGAAAAGAAGGUGGAGGAUUAUAAUUCUCGAGUGGAUCAGAUUCUAGGGGCACCUCCAAUUCUGACCGGGCCAGAAACCAAAUAUAUUGUUCGAAGACCUUUCCCACCAAGUGCGACUCCGAAGUUGAUCUCAAAGAGAUUUAAGAUGCCGGAUAUCCCAAAAUAUGAUGGGACAACAGAUCCGCAAGAACAUAUAACUGCUUACACCUGUGCCAUAACGGGCAACGAUCUGAAGGAUGAUGAAAUUGAAUCGGUAAUGUUGAAGAAGUUCGGUGAAACGUUAACUAAGAGAGCCAUGCAAUGGCAUUGUACGCUGCCCCAGCACUCUAUUCCUUCCUUCGAAUUGCUCGUAGAUGCUUUCGUGCAGGCUCACGCCGGGGCCCGGAAGGUGCAAGCAAGAAAGGAUGACAUAUUCAAGAUCUUCCAAAGGGACGAUGAAAGGCUCAUAGAGUUCGUGACAAAGUUCCAAAAGGAGAGGAUGUUGCUGCCUUCUGUUCCCGACGAGUAUGAACCCAAGACACGAGUGGAGGAUGAUCAGCUCGAGUUCCCACCAGGUCCGGUGAAUCUGAUAAAAAAUUCUGACAGACCAAAAAGGGUAAUAGAAACAAAAUUCCAACCAUCAAGAGACAUAUAUCAUCCAUACCCUCACCCCGAGAGGUUCAGCUCCAGGUCAGAUAAGGGAAAAAAUGAUCCUAGCCCCAAUACAACGGGAAGUGACAGACGAAGUGAUCGCGGCUCGGGGAGCAGGGGUCUGCAGUUCAAAAACAACACUGUUGGGAUGUCUGACAUCGGUGAAAACCCGAGGUUGUUUGAAUAUAACUUCAACGUUAAAUCGGCAGCCAUUGUAGCUGCUAUCGAUCAUAUCAAAAAUGCGAGAUGGCCAAGGCCACUACGAAAUGACCCUUCAUAA